UUUUCAAAGUUUACGAAAAAUCUCGCUGUGCACGAGAUAAAUACAAAGCAGAAGUUUUCAGAACCCAGGAACAUUUGUUUGGCGCCUGGCAGUGUAAACAAACCAUUUUUUAAUUCCUUCUUAAAGAAACGUGUUGCUGUAUGUAAAGAUGCUAUGGUGAAAUCCCUGAAUAACGUGCAUUAUAUGAAAGUAUGUCCCAAAGUGGUUGUUACUGUUGCAACCCUGUGCCAGCAGGUAUGGACGUUGACAGUGCUCUACAUGAACUUGGAAUGAUCAGUUCUGUCACAAACAGCAGAAGGGAAUACUUGCGCGAGCGAAACAGGCACACUAGAGCAAAAGAAUUGACUCAAAGUUCCCGAUUUAAAAUUGUUCAGAUAGACCCUACAUAUGUGACAGGUUUUAGUUCUAGUACAUCUACAGAUCCAGGAUCUCCAUUUACAAGUGAUAAAGAUUCCAAUCGUCCAGCACAUUCCAUAGAAUUUGGAACAGGCUAUAGGGAUCCAGAAGAAGAGGCAAAUAUACGACGGAACAUGAAAUGUAGGAUAACUCGAAUGUCCAGACUAAGAGCUGGUCGUUAUCAGAGGUUCCGAAAGCCUUACGAAGUUCCAUGGCGGAUAAAUCAAUCUCUUCCAGAGACGGAAAUGAGGCAGACCGAAAAUGAGUACCUGCUUUCAAAAUCCAACUCUGCUUCGCCGAUUAAAGCACCAUCUGAGACGUCAUUGACUAGGUCAAGGUCGCUUGGCAACCUUGACAUUGCGAAAUUAAGUCUGAAUGACUUUCUUGACAAGAAAAUUUCCCCAGCUGAAAAAGAGGAGAUGGAAAAAGUUUCGAACCAUUUAGAAAACCUCCAUGUUACAGAAAGCUCUUGACGAAGGAUUGUAAUUUUAAAAGAGACCAACAAUAUCCAAGCUUAUGUCUGUUGUAUAACUGUAUAUGGGUGAAAGAUUAUAUAGGCUCUUUAUGUUUAAUUUAUUUUGAGUGAAUAUUUAUUCUGAAUGAGAGAAAUGAUUUGUGUUUACAGACAGUUGAAUAUUUUAAAUAUGGAUAAAUUAAAGGAUAAAAUCUUAAUAAGUGCGCUACAGUAUUUUACAGUAUAUUCAGAAAUAUUUUGGAAUUCUAUAAUGAAUUCAAUAUUGAUAAUAUAUUGAUUAAGUGACUGACUUAUUUAUUUGUGUAUCAUCUAUAUGUAACAAGUGCAUAGACUUGAAAUUCAAAAUACAUGUAAUUUUGGAUAAACUUGAAUCUUCAUUCUACUCAAUUUUUUAUCUCAGUCCCAUUUGAUUGCAUAUUUUGUACUAAUUUGAAUGAUUAAAUUGAUAGAAUGUACAUGUAAUUACACUUAAUUGUUUCUUGUCCAAAUACUAAACACCACUAAAUAUUUUACAAAUGAAUGUGUCAAAUGCAUUUCACCUCUCUUUCUUUUUAUUUGGGUUUUUUGGUUUUUUUUUGUUUUUGGUUUUUUUUUUAUGGAUAAGUGUUCCUAUUUUCAGAAAAUUUUAUAUUCCUUAAUCCUCUUUUAUUUUAAAUGGAACUGCACACGGCCCAUUAUCUUCUUACUUAACAUUCAGUCAAUAACCUAUUUCUGAUCUUUUGAGGAACACCCAUUUUCUGUGGUAUAUCACUUUUUAGUCCGCAUUACUUGCUGCGGUUUCAUUAAAUAAUUAAUAUUCUUGGGCAUCUAUUUCCGAAGAUUUAGUGGAAAAUCAAGGGUUCGUACCUUUGUGGAAAUUAUCCUUUUCAUAAAAUAGUUUGCUAAAAAUUGCCCUUCAAUGAACAUUUAUCUUUCUUAAAUCACAUGAACAACAAAAUCUGGUAUUUAUUAAUGAAACCACAGCAUUUAAUUUGGUUUGCAUCUUGUUCAAAAAUGGACAGAGAUCAAAUUAAUUUCCCAAAAUGAUUAUUCAUGUAUUAAGGCACUCACUAUACUCUCUGGACUACAGAAACGGGAAUUUUAUUUCAGUAUAUUAUUUUUUAUUUGGACUAUGUGAUUCUUUAUCAAGGAUCCAAAAUGGAUUUUCCAUGGUUUAAGAUGACAUUUUGAAUUCCGUUAAGGAGGCUGGGUGGUCCACAAAUUUUCCACCAGAUUUACUUAAAAUAGAAAUGCCUUUAUUUUAGCCAUAAUCUAUUACUGUGGUUUCAUCAAUAUUCGUUGAAUACCAAUUUUCGUGGAUUUCAUUGUUAAGUUGAUCCACAAAAUUUAAUGUUCAUUGAAGUGCAAUUUCUGUUAUCAUUUUGUAUUGAUAGGGUCAUUGGCCUCGAAUUUACGUACAUUGUAUCCUUGAAACUGUGAUUUUCACUUUAUCCACGAAAAUUGAUAUCCUUGAAUAUUAAUGAAACCAUGGUAUUAAGUAAAGAAGCAAUCCUUAAAUUUAAGUUUCAAAUGAUUUUUUCCCUACACCUUUAUAUAAAAAGCUCUCCUUUCAAAGGAGAUUCAAGUAGUCUAAAAAUGGCCGUGACCAUCCAGCAGAGCUUUUAAAAGAUGUAAUUUACAUAUGCCAAUUAUAGAUUUACCUUUUUGUCUCAGGGUAUCAUUUUUCGAAGAAGAUAAGGUCAAAGUUCUAUCACAUCAAUAUAUAAUUUUCUGUACAAGUUACAACUUUAAGUGAAAAAGAAUGUUCCAAAAGGAAAUGGUGAAUGAAUGAAUGGUUUAGUAGCUGUACAAGUAGAUAAAUGUGUGCUUUUCUUCAUAGGUGUUGCACAGGUAAAAUGAAGAUUGAAAAUGUUUAUUUUAAAUAAAGUACAACAUUCAUAUCCUCUAA